AGGAAAACUGUUGCGGUUACACUUGUGGUUCGAUUUUUUUUUUUUUUUUUUUUUUCAAACCGGAACAUCGAGCUGUUGAAUGCGAGUUUGUGUUUGUGUGCAAACUGGAGUAGGAAGAGCAAGGAUUAGAUCCUAAUUUAGAAUAACGAGGACAGUGUCUCAUGUUGCACGGGUCUCCCAACAACGUUCGUCAAAACGGAUUUUGCUGCUUCCAGCAGAAAUGUCACAUUUAGAUGGUUGCCAUGCUCACCCAGGAGGUCAAAGCUCGGAGCUAUUUAAAGGGAUCUGAAACCGCACUGGUCUGGAGUCUUUCUAAUCCUGUCCCGAUAGCAACGUCAAAAUCCGGACCUGAAACUCUUGUCUCUCGGUGGUCGCUGUAAGACUGUCUCUUGCGCUCACGUGGGAAGUGGAGGGACCGCUACACACCGACCAAGACUGGCUGCAUGUAUCACCCGGCGGAGCUCUACUCUGGCCGCAACACAUGGGACCCCUACCCAGCUGGAGGGCCUAACAGAGGACAAUGGGCGCCUGUAAACGGUCGCCCCUGGAGCCACCCACAAAGAUACCAAGAAGGACGUAACCAGUCGCAUCAUUCACUGUCAAGUCAUCUGUAUAACAGGGGGAACAGAACAGUCAACCAUGUCCAGGAUAAGGGCAUCUCAAAGGGCCAUAGACAUCCGCAAAGAAUUUGGGAUGGUAAAGAGCAGCAAUUUGAGGCCCAGAGCUGGCAUCACAACUCUUCACGCUCGUUCCCCAACCAAAGCGGUAACAGUUAUCUAACUGGCCCCGGACCACGCUAUGUCGACUGGCAGAACAAUCAAGGGCAUCCUCGCUUGAACCGCGACAGCAGAGAGUUGCAGUCCCCGAUGGACAGAUGGGGUGCGUCGGACCACCACAGAGGCUUCGCAGGCAGAAUGGCCGACAACAGGCACGGACCCUGGAAACGUCCCACCCCUCACCAGCGGAGAGAGCAGCUGCCUCAUCACAGUCCACCCCUUCAGCACCAUCUAUCUUCGAGGAAUGGAUGUCCGGCUAAAAGGAAAAGGGACUCUGACCCAGAUCAAGCGUCUCAUCUUGGAUCGAGGCAUUUAUCUCCACCUCCUCAUGCCCCAUCAUCGCCCAGCCACUACCGUUGCAACCAAGAUGACAGAGCGGGUCCCUGCCAUCGCUCUGAACACAGGACCUCAGCAUCUCAUCAACAGGAAACCUCGGAACCGCGAACGGGAGGCCAUGGCGCUGGUGACUCGGAACCUCCCAGCCAGAGUCUCCUCAGCAGACCACCACAUUAUGGUAACAAAGGGAAGGUCGAAGGGAAAAUCUCAGUUUCACCAGCAGACCACACCCGUGUGCCUUACAGCCAGCAAAAUCAUCACUACCACCAUCAGCGGCACACAAGCCACCAGAAAGUUCCACAGCACAACAAACCACCACGACCCCUGGAGGAGAAGGACUUGCAGAGCCAUCAUCACAAGCAAAGCACAGAACAGAAGCGGUCUCAUUCAAGGUUCAAUUCAAGGGAUUCAACGCUGUGCAAAAACUCUGCUGCAGAGUUUUCCCCCAGUUCGACCCCUCUCUGCAGCCCUAAAGAUGGCCGUUCCACUUCCAGCAGUCCUGGAGCUCCCUCCAGCCCCUCCUCAUUCGCCGUGUCCAGUUGCAGGAGAGAUUCAGCAGACAUUCACCCACGCCUUCCGACUCUCAGUGAACAGCAGAAGUCUCUAGCAGGCCCCGGUCACGUCCAGAGACCCGGCCUGACGUCCGCCACAUGCCAUACGUCUCACUCUGGCUCAAAGUCCAGGUUUUCAGACCCCAAACACAGGAAAAACUCAGUCUGUUCACGACAAUCUCCUGUUGCCAGGCCGAGGACAAGCAAGCCCGAGAAGUGGACUGAGGAGCUCAGAAAAACUGAGAUCAAACCGAAGGAUAAGCUCAUUAAAAAACUGAAAAUGGGUGAUUUUGCGAAUGGAAAUAACGAGGAAAGGAAAAGAAGGAAGAAAAAAGAAGAGAAAAGCCUAGAUGAAAGGAAUAGGAAGAGAGAUAAAGCAAUUAAGAAAGAUAGAAAAUUGCGCUUGAAAUUAAAAAAAAUGAAGAAGGAAAAGCUUUCUUCCAUCGACGCUUUCCCCUGUCCGGGAGAGGCCAAACUGGACGAAACGGAGACGCCAUCUUUGUCGGGAGUUGAUCAAAGCCAGUCACUCCGAAGACACAAAACCCGGAAAAGAAGUGAAAAGGUCAAAAGAACAUUGGACAAGCCAUCCACUUCCAAUUCUAACUCUACUUCCCAGUCCCCAACUUCAAAGUACAAGCAAAUCCCUGAAGGGAGCAGCAUUCCCACAGAACUACCAGCAAACGAACACCCCACAGAAUCUCUAGCCGACUUUGAAAGUCUCCAUCAGACCAGUAAUGUCACAUCGCAUUCAGGAGAUGGAGCAAACAUCAACUCUGGUAAAGCAUUCCUUUCAAUCUUCCGUAAAGCCUCUGUACCUCUCAGUACCACGUGCUCGGCUGGGUCAGACCAGGUGGUCCACAACAAAAACGAGAAGAAGGUGGGAGUUCUCAGUGCGCCAGACCUUCAGCCCGAGGCUGUGCUGGGAAAUCUCAGCGACACGGGAGACAACCAUGCAAACACUCCUCCUGUGCUCAGCUGGCAGGGCUCCCCCGUUUCAGAUUUUGAAGAAGACGAGGAAGAGCUGAAAAAGGGUGUAAUCAGCCGACCUGUUCUCCAGCCCAGUCCCACUCAGUGCUUAUCUCCUCUCCCUGCAGAUAGUGAAAGCAACGGCGAAACGGAUACUUGCGCUGGCGAACCGGACGGUUACUCUCUCGACAGCCCAACUGAGUUCUGCGAGCCGCCUUGUGCAAUCAAAGAAGAUAGUGAGGAAGACAAAGAAGAGCAGGAGAAUGCAAGUAGCAAAGCAACGGGCUUGCUCCUGCAUGACCUCGAUCAACACAAAGCUGGUUUGGAUGAUGUCUUCAAGAGCCUGGCCACCUUCCUCGAAGGCCAGAGAGCGUCAUGUCGCGGGGGUCCUUUCGGUGGGGCCACUUCAAGAGGGGUAAAGCAUUCAUCAUCUCUCACAGUGGCAUCCCAGAUUCACUGUGACGAGAAUCAGGAUCUUUGCCAUAAAUCAUCUCCUACAGCCUUCUCGGAGCCUAAUAGUCAGUCGCCUCCUGACUCUACCUCAGACUCGCUUUUGAAAUCCCAAAGUCUGCCAUUUCGAAAAGAUUCAGUCCCUCAUCCCAAGGCGCAGGAGAAUCAGGAAGAAGCUGAGAGUUGUUCAGAUGACAACGGGGUGGGAAAGAAUAAGGAGAACCUUCUGGAGAGAACGGAUUCCUCCCUUCUGGAGGGAUCGUUGAGUGCGGAACUGAGAGUGACCACAACUCAUACUGCCUCUUUCACCGGUGUCAUUACCGUCUCCACCAAGGACGGGAGAGAAAACAGGAAAGAAUCCAAGCGGACUGCUAUGAAAAGGAAGAGAAAGCAUAAGGACGGCGGAAGAGAAGACAUCAUAAAGAUAAAGGUCAAUAAAAAAGAAAGGAAGAGCAAAAAUAAAGCUAAUCCUUCAAAGGAUGUGCACAAGAGGGGCAUUUCAUCCUCCGUAUCUGUCAUCUCCAAAAGCUCCACCAGACCUCUCGCAGACAGCAUGAAAGGCCAGAUUCCUCAGGAAAAUCAAAUGCCAUAUCGUAAAGACAUCAAGAGAGUCAAACUGGACACCGGGGACGCUGAUCUGAAGGUGGAGGUCGGUGUGUUAGGAAAGAAGAUGACCCCAGACAACAACGCCUCAAACACAGGAACCUCAGCUGCAAGAAUCAAAGCAUCAGGUCAGUCAGGUGCCAUCACACCAGCAAGCAAACCUCCCUGCUCCAAAGGUCCAGUGGAUCCCUUGAAACUGAAAGCACUGUCCAUGGGCUUGUCCAAGGAGCUGAAGGUCGUGCUGAUUAAAAUGGACAGUGCCGGGAGACAAACAUUUAACAUAUCGGAGCUGGAGGAACCCAGGAUCCCAAUGUCGGAGCUCAGCAUCGUAAACACAGCAGCUGAAGUGGUCAGAGCAUGCAGGGGAGAAAGAGUGAAGGGGAAAUUCAAGGAGUCGUACCUGCUUCCCUCGUUCUGUGUCAAACCCAAAAUUGCCAUCAACAUCCCCAUUCCACGGGAAAAGCUCAACCCACCCACACCAAGCAUCUACUUGGAGAGCAAGAGGGAUGCCUUCUCUCCGGUUCUGCUCCAGUUCUGCACAGAUUCCAAAAAUGCUGUAACAGUCAUCCGGGGCUUGGCCGGCUCCCUCCGCCUUAAUCUUGGUCUGUUCUCCACCAAGUCGCUGGUGGAGGCCAAUUCAGACCACGCCGUGGAAGUGAGAACUCAGGUCCAACAGCCUGCUGACGAGAACUGGAACCUAAACGGCUCCGCACAAACCUGGCCCUGUGAAAGCAGUCGAUCGCACACCACCAUUGCCAAAUAUGCCCAGUACCAGGCCUCCAGUUUCCAAGAGAGCCUGGAGGAGGAGAAAGAAAGUGAGAAUGAGGAGGAGGAAGAAGAAGAUAAGACAUCAGACACAUUAGCGACCACAAAAGCUGCUCUGACUUUACCCAACAGCAAAGUCAGUCCCACUUCAAUGACAAAUAAAGCCAACUCCACUUCUUCCAGCAAAGCCCAGUUGGCUAAUCCCACCGGCACUCCCAGCCCAGAGCAGAAAACAGUGGGAAAGAUCAUUAAAUUCGGGACCAACAUUGAUCUCUCUGACCCUAAAAGGUGGAAGCCCCAGCUGCAGGAGCUUCUGAAGCUCCCAGCUUUCAUGCGAGUGGAAUCCAGCAACAACAUGCUCAGUCUGGUCGGUCACACCAUCCUGGGGAUGAACUCCGUGCAGCUGUACAUGAAGGUUCCCGGCAGCCGAACUCCCGGGCAUCAAGAGAACAACAACUUCUGCUCUGUCAACAUCAAUAUCGGGCCCGGAGAUUGUGAGUGGUUUGCAGUACACGAACACUACUGGGACGCCAUAAACAAAUUCUGCGACAAACAUGGAGUCGACUACCUUACGGGGUCCUGGUGGCCAGUGCUGGAGGAUCUCUACAGCUCCAACAUCCCUGUGUACCGCUUCAUCCAGAGACCCGGAGAUCUGGUGUGGAUCAACGCCGGAACCGUUCACUGGGUUCAAGCCGUGGGCUGGUGCAACAACAUAGCCUGGAACGUGGGGCCGCUCAAUGCAUACCAGUAUCAGCUCGCUCUGGAGCGCUUUGAGUGGAACGAGGUGAAGAAAGUCAAGUCGAUCGUUCCCAUGAUCCACGUUUCGUGGAACGUGGCUCGUACCCUCAAGAUCACGGACAAGGACACCUACAAGAUGAUCAAACACUGCCUCAUGCAGUCUAUGAAGCACAUCCAGAUUCUGAGAGACCAGCUGGUGGCUGCAGGAAAGAAAAUCUUUUACCAGAGCCGCGUGAAGGAUGAGCCCGCCUACUACUGCAACGAGUGUGAUGUGGAGGUGUUUAAUCUGCUGUUAGUAACCAGUGAGAACAGCACUAAGAAGACCUACGUGGUGCACUGUGAGGACUGCGCUCGAGCUAAGAGCUCCUCUCUGGCGGGGGUGGUGGUGCUGGAACAGUAUCGGAUGGACGAGCUGAUGAAGAUCUACGACAGUUUCAUGCUGACGCCUCCACCUCCGUCAAAGUGAGGCCUCCUCCGCGUCGCACGUCUCUCAGCCAUAACCAAAACUCUAACGGCAGCACAAAAGUUGUCUCCAAGGUGGCCAGCUUCAGCGAAUGCUCUCUCAAUCAGCCAAUCACGUUUACUCAGUAUUGUUUACAUUACACAAUAAGGUAUGGAUACUCACCCAAUCCAUCUCAAUGCUCACCGUCUUCCCCCAUACCAGCUGCAGAUUGGACGUGUGUUUUGAAAUAGAAUGACUAGACUGGUUCUUCUCACGUAAAGCAUUUAAUAUAAGUAAAAAAAAAAAAAAAGCAAACAAAAAAAAAACAAACAAA